AUGGUCUCUGAAGAAGAUACUACUAUGCAAUCACCACCGCCUCCAUCUGCUGGGGAGAACAAAGAACGACGGUCGGCUUCGGCAGAAGAUUCGGUCGACAAUGCUCAUGACUCUAAUACUCGUACUUCAGAUGCAACACACGAUCCCGAAACAGCAGAUGGGACGCCAGCUACAGACUCACACCAGUCUUCACUAGCCAUUACGGUUCAGAAAAGAAGAAGGGUCACACGGGCUUGUGAUGAGUGCCGUCGUAAAAAGAUAAAAUGUGAUGGCAAGCAGCCGUGUACCCACUGUACUGUCUAUAGUUAUGAAUGCACAUAUGACAAACCGUCAAAUCGACGAAGAAACCCUGCCCCUCAAUAUAUCGAAGCCCUUGAAUGUCGACUCCAGAAAGCUGAGGGGCUUCUUAGAGCACUUGUGCCAGAGAUUGACCUCGACGAUCCGCGAUACGACGGAUGUUGCACCGAAGAAAUCCUUAAUCAUCUCAAGAAUAAAUCAGAACCCCCUCCCAAGCCUGAGCCGAAGGUACCGGUAUCUUCAGAACCUUGUGAUGAAUCUCUUCUAGAGUCGAUGGUGGACAAUACCGGCUCGCUUGACCUUGACGAUGAAGGGCAUUGGGACUACCACGGCCAUUCCUCUGGGCUUAUCUUUGUUAGAAGAGUGCGAAAACAAAUAGGAAACAUUGUUCCUGAAGGGCAGCCACCACAUAAGUUCCCGCGUAUCCCGUUCAGGCUAGAAAGAAUGAAAUCAACGUCCGAAUCUCCCAUCGAUACCCAUUUGUCUCCCGUACACGACUUGCCGUCGAAGCAGGAAGCGCAUAAAUUUUGCACACAUGCUCUCGAAGAUGCCUGUUGCAUAAUGCGAUUCUUGCACAAACCGACGUUCUGGGCAAUGUUUGACCGGGUAUAUGAUACUCCACUAGAACAGUACUCAAAUGAGGAGAACAGUUUCCUACCUCUCUUAUACCUCGCACUUGCCGUCGGUUGUCUGUUCCGUGGACCCGGCGAUUGCACGUUGGAGAAGUCCGGAUAUGAAAGUGCUGUGGACCAAGGCUUUCAAUAUUUCAGAGCUGGAAGGCAGUUGCUUGAUAUCACCGAAUGCCGUGAUUUGACCUCUCUACAAGCUGUCUGCUUCAUGAUCCUUUUCUUACAAGCUUCUGCCAACAUUAGAACAUGCUAUUCUUAUAUUGGAAUUGCUCUUCGUGCUGCCGUCCGUCUAGGUCUUCACCGCUCAGUCCCCGUAAAAUUCAAUCCCAUUGAACUUGAAACCCGCAAACGGAUUUUCUGGGUCGUCCGAAAGAUGGAUGUCCAUGUAAGCACCAUCCUGGGCCUUCCAUCAAUGUUAAGCGAGGACGACAUCGAUCAAACCUACCCUGUUGCAGUUGACGACGAAUAUAUCACAAAAGAUGGCAUUUUGCCUAUGCCAUCUAACUAUAUAUGCCUGAUGCAAGGUGCAAAUGCACACAUGAAGCUGGGCCGCAUCAUGUUGAAAGUUAUGAAGUAUAUUUACCCUAUCAAGGUCGCGACGCAUGGCGAUAAUCAUAGGUAUAUGGUAAGCCAUUCGAAAAUUCGGGAACUUGAACGAGAUCUUCAGAAGUGGAUGGAGGCGCUGCCUGACGUCUACAGACCAGGUGGGGAGGCGCCAAUAGAGGUUGAACGAAUGAGACAACUGCUCCGCAUUUGCUACGCACAUGUUCAGAUGGUUAUGUACCGCCCAUUCUUGCACUACGUUACAGGUGGUUCCAAAGGCCAAGAAAUCGACAAACGCUCUUAUGCCUGUGCCGCCGCUUGUGUGAGUGUAGCACGAAAUGUUGUCCACAUCACGGCAGGAAUGAAAAAGAAACAACUUCUCAACGGCUCAUACUGGUUCACGAUGUAUACGACAUAUUUUGCUAUAUUAACAUUACUGUUCUUUAUCCUUGAAAACCCUGAAUCUGCCGCUGCAAAGGAUGGAAUUUUGAAGGAUGCUUUAGAGGGAAAGAACGUAUUGGCUGGCCUUGCAAAGAAAAGCAUGGCCGCGGAUAGAUGUGCCCAGAGUUUGAAUUCUAUGUUUAAAUACCUUCCCGAGAGGCUCCGCAACAGACAGGCCCUUUCAUCGUCACAGAUUAACCGGAAGCGCACCCAAACACCCACUCCUAUCUGUUCAAACAGUUCUACAGUGAAUGGAAAUAAUACUCCACCGCAACCUAAGGAACUCGAAGAGUUCAAUGCAAGCUUACCACAACGAGCAAGCACCUUCCCCCUGCACCUUUCACCAAAUGGGGAGUCUGCUAUUAAAAAUUCUCGGUCGGAAGAUAUUAUAAUGGAGAAUACGGAUAAGCAUCAGAAUGGCCCUUUGAAAUGGACGUCAGCCAUGCAGGGCUUAUUUGGUCUAUCACCUUCUGCAUCUCAAAACACAUCUUUGGUUGAUGAUGAACAAACUCACAUGUCAUCUCCUUCUUCACCCCUAAUAAGCGGCCAAGGAAGCCAGCCUACACACAAGCAAGAAUUAUCAUUCUCACCGCCGUUCAAUAACGCUGCCCCUCUCCCUGAUCUAAUGCCUAUGAUGUUCCCGUCUGAUGAUCCAUUGGCAUAUCCUAACCAACCAAUGUCAACCUUAGAAGACGACCACUUCAAAAAGGACAGCAGCAGUAAUGGCCAUGACCAGUUCAUGUUCACGCCCACCACAUCCAUGCAGUCUGUAAUGGAAAAUAAUGGCAUGAAUAAAGCCACCUCAUCCUCUUCGACUUCCUUCGCGAAUACUCCCGGGCUGUCUAUAGUUAACUCAACCUCCUCGCAUGAUCCCGCCUCAAUCAGCAGCCUACCACCCCAUGUAAAAGCUAUAUCCACUGCCUUCCCAGGUAACACGCAGAGCCCAACAUCAGAACCCCAACAUGAUACAAAUAGCUACUCCUUCAUGGGGAAUCCCGAUCUUGUCACCAUACCCGGUCAUUCUUUUAUCUGGCAAAGCCUUGCCGCGCAAGGAACUCCCAGUAAUUCAUAUCAAUACCCUACGGCUGAGCCAUCUUUCCAGGCGACACCUGAUGAUUUCGUAUUGGGCCUCGGCGCUGGCCUAGAUAUGGGUCUAGGCACGGAUAUGAAGUUCGAUCAUAUACUGGAUCCCUUCUGCGGCGCAGACACCAACGACAAUGGGGGAUCAAGUGGAAAUGGAGAUAUAGGCUCAUCGUCAAAUGAUUGGAUUCAAUGGGGAAAUUAG